AGUGCGCGAGCGAAGAUGGCGGAGGGCGGCGCGGCGGAUGUGGAGACGCAGAGAGCGGAGAUCGCGGCGCUGCUGAAGACGCCGCUGCGGAGGGCGGACACCUGGUUUCUGGUGGACAGCCGCUGGUUCAAGCUGUGGAGGAAGUUUGUGGGCUUCGACAGCUGGGACAGGCAGCAGACGGGCCAGCAGAGCGCCUAUCCGGGCCCGGUGGACAACAGCGGCCUGCUCUCAGGUGUGUCCGUGACCUUUGACCCCUUCUGCUACCUGACCCUCCCUCUACCCAUGAAGAAGGAGUGCACACUGGAGGUGUUCAUGGUGUGGCUCGACCCGCUGGCCAAACACACACAGUAUAAAGUGACGGUGCCUAAAGUGGGUCAGAUCUCAGACCUGUGUGCGUCUCUAUCAGCUCUGUGUGACGUACCGCCAGAGAAGAUGGUGGUGACGGACAUCUACAACCACAGGUUCCACCGCUUCUUCUCCAGCAACGAGAACCUGAGCAGCAUCAUGGAGCGCGACGACAUCUACGUGUUUGAGCUGUCCGUCAGCCGGCAGGAGGACCCGGAGCACCUGCUGGUCCCGGUGCACCUGCGGGAGAAGUACAAGCAGUCAGGCUUCAACCAGACCAGCACACCACUGUUCGGCCUGCCCUUCCUGCUGCGCGUGCCACACACACUCACUGAGGAGAAGCUGUACAACCUGCUGCUGCUGCGCCUGCGUCGCUUCAUCCGUGCGGACACUGAGGACUGUAAGGACGCCAGCUCCCCCAAACACUGCUCCGUCAACGGCAGCGCCACCAACGGGACAGCAGAGGAGUGUUCGCCCAGUGAGAUGGAGCUGGACGAGCCGGACGAGGAGCCCAGUGUGGAGCAGGGUGUGUCCUCAGAGAGCGACAGCAGCAGUCCGGCUGAGGAGCAGAGGCUGGAGAACGGACCCUCGCUGCUGGAGAACGGGCCCUCGCUGCUGGAGCCCUGCAGGAGGCUCUUCAGCCUGCAGAUCACCAACAUGGGCAAGACUGACGGAGGAGCCUUGCUGACGGGGGAGCCACACGCACAAAUACACUUCCAGGAGGAGCGCCUCAGCGACAAAUGUUACCUGUCCUUAGUGUGGGAGCCGGAGAUGAAGAGGAGCUUCUUCAACCAGGCGGCGGUCGAGGACUUCGAGAAGCACCACAGUAUGGACUACAAGCCCCAGAAGAAGAUGAGCUGCCAGCUGAGGGACUGCAUACAGCUCUUCACCACCAAGGAGAAACUGGGCGCCGACGACCCCUGGUACUGCCCCAGCUGUAAGCAGCACCAGCAGGCCACUAAGCAGCUGGACCUGUGGAGUCUGCCGCCGGUGCUGGUGGUCCAUCUGAAGCGCUUCUCUUACAGCAGAUACAUGAGAGACAAGCUGGACACACUGGUGGAGUUCCCUCUGCGGUACACACACACAUACACAUACACACACACACACUCCUACAGCAGAUACAUGAGAGACAAGCGAGACACACUGGUGGAGUUCCCUCUGCGGUACACACACACAUACACAUACACACACUCCUACAGCAGAUACAUAAGAGACAAGCUGGACACACUGGUGGAGUUCCCUCUGCGGUACACACACAUACACACACACUCUUACAGCAGAUACAUGAGAGACAAGCUGGACACACUGGUGGAGUUCCCUCUGCGGGAUCUGGAUAUGUCAGAGUUCCUCAUCAAUCCUCAUGCCGGGGUCUGCCGCUACGACCUCAUCGCCGUCUCCAACCACUAUGGAGGGAUGGGUGGAGGACACUACACUGCCUAUGCCAAGAAUGUGGAGGACGACCAGUGGUACAGCUUUGAUGACAGCAGUGUGUCGCCGGCCAGCGAGGAGCAGAUCGUGUCCAAAGCAGCGUAUGUGCUCUUCUACCAGCGCCAGGACACAGUCAGAGGCACAGGAUACUUCGCUCUGGACCGAGAGCCUCCGGCUGACAAGGAAGAGGAGGAGGAUGAAGAUGAGGAGGAUGUGAAUGACAGUGAGCAGGACGAGGACCUGCAGCCCAGCCCAGACGUGUCCAUGAGCACCAGCUGAGCUCCAGCGCUCCUCUACAGCCAUACCAGCACUGAACACCUGCCCAGUGUACAGCCGGCGCGACUGUCCCGAACGCAGGGUUCAGCCGGCUGAGCGGAUCUGUGUGUGUGUGUGUGUGUGUGUGUGUGUGUGUGUGUGUGUGUGUGUGUGUGUGUGUGUGUGUGUGUGUGUGCGUGCGCAUGUCUGUUCACGUUCUGUAUUUGUGCACGAGUGAGAGAGUGAAGGUGUUGACCAUGUGAAUGUUUAGAUAGUUCUUCUAACUGUGUAAAUACUGUGGAUGAACAGUUCUGGUUCAGUCUCUCUGUGUGUUUAGCUGUUAGCGUGUCUGCUAAGCUCUCCAUCUGCGGUGUUUGGACAGAUGAUUGUGCCACAUGAUGCCGUCUGUGCUGAUGAGGGAACUCUCGGUGCGGCGGCGAUGCCUUUCUUUCAGAUUAGCUCUGUUAGUUUUCCUUCACCUCAGCCUUAAUGGUCCUCUCAGACUGCUGCGUUUGCACACAUCUCUCUGUCCGUCAGUCUGGAGCUGGAGACUCUGAGCGGCUCGUGAAGCUGAUGGAGGACAGUGUUUGCCGGUCUUCUCCUCCAUCUCCUUCUAGCCUUCAGGUUGAUGAAUGUCUUCUAAGCUCCUGCGGGGUCCUCCUGUCUCGGACUGCGCAGGCUGAUGAACACUGUACAGCAGAAGAGUCACUCUGUGAGUGCACGUCUGAUUAAUCUAUUUAUUUAUUGCACUGGAGGGCAGGAUAUGCACUGAAUGUGUCUGGGGUCGAGGCCUGCUGCCGUCACAGGACCCUGAACCUCCUGUGGGCUUUUGUAAAUGAACUGAUGUCCUUGCAUGACCCGGGGACGUCCUUACGCUGCACUCGAGUUCACUUUGGUUUACAUUUGAGAUGUGCAUGUGUGUUUAUAGACUGACCUAAUAAAUCUGGACUUAAGUUAAA